AUGAACCACAGUCUUCAUUUGUGUAUGUUGGUUUCUCGAGCCUUAAUGACUGUAUGGUUGCUUGGGGGCACGUCGCUAAUUAGAUUUAGAGGUACCCUCUCAGCAACUUUCGUGUUACCAAGUAACAGCAGCGUUGAACUUCUAGAGGACCGCGUGGAGAAAAUAGCCAAUAUUGACAGAACGCCGACAGACCCACCUGACGAGGGUUCUUUGGGAGUAACACUCGCCUCACACAUAGCGAUCCAGCACACUGCACACAACUUAACAGCGUACAGGAAAGGACGAAAACCUCUGGAGAAGACAACGCCUUUUGUCCUUGUGGACGGACACAGGAGGAGUCUUAGGGAAGCUUUGCAGAAUGGUUAUCCAGAUAAAUUUCAGUGUGGUCUGCAGAUUGGGGGUAGUCUAUAUGUGCUGGACCUGGAGAAAAACCAAGACCUGCUGCCCCUGCCGCCUAAUGUAUUUUACUACCUGCCAGAUGGGACUGGGGUUUCCAUGGACGAAAGUUCAGUGACACACUGUUACUAUCAUGGCUCAGUGAUGGGGUUCCCACGGUCUCGAGUGGCCCUCAGCACCUGCUCUGGACUCCAAGGUGUCAUUUUCAUCAAUGCCACGCUGAGUUUUGAGGUGCAGCCUAAGGAAGAUGAUGGCGAAUAUGAGGAAGGUAGCGGAGGGCCAGAGGAGGAGGGUGUGCACGUUCUCUACCCGACACGCUCGCGGAGUUCGGAAACCGGGGGGUGCGGCAUCUCCCAUGCUCCUGUACCCCCUCUCCACAUCGUGCCUGAAAUUCACAGGAGUAAGAGAGACAUUCUGUCUGAAACAAAGUACAUCGAACUUGUGCUGGUGGCAGACCAUAAAGAGUAUCUCAACUAUCAGAAGAAUAACAAGACCAUUGUUUACCGGAUGUUGGAUGUUGCCAACCAAGUAGACUGGUUCUACAGGCCUCUGAAUGUGCGUGUGGCUCUGGUGGGACUUGAGAUCUGGAGUGAUCAGGACAAGAUCCUGGUGGAUAAAAGCCCCACGGACACUCUGAACCGGUUCCUAGAGUGGAGGACACGAGAGCUCCUCCCCCGGCUGCGCCAUGACAACGCCCAGCUCAUCAUGGGUGACUCGUUUGAUGGUACGACAGUGGGCAUGGCCUCGCAGUCUUCCAUGUGCUCUAAGGAUCGCUCUGGAGGAGUCAAUGUGGACCAUCUGGUCAGCGUUCUUGGCGUGGCCUCCACCGUCGCCCACGAACUGGGACACAACCUGGGGAUGAGCCACGACACCGCCGACCGGGAGUGCAAGUGCCAGAAUGAGCCACGGAUGGGCGGCUGCAUUAUGGAGCCUUCCACUGGGUUCAUGCCAGGACAGCUCUUCAGCAGCUGUAGUGCCCAGGAUCUGUCUCUCAGCCUGCUCCACGGCGGGGGCAUGUGCCUUUUCAAUGUGCCUCAGCCAGAGAACCUCCUGGGAGGCCCCCGCUGUGGCAACCUCUACGUGGAGAAAGGAGAAGAGUGUGACUGCGGCCUACUGGAUGAGUGUAACGAUCCAUGCUGCAACGCAAGCACCUGCAAAUUAGUUCCCGGGGCGCAGUGUUCCUCCGAUGGCAUUUGCUGUGAUAACUGCAAGCUGCGCACGGCAGGCUGGGUGUGUCGGGAGGCCUUGGGGGAGUGCGAUUUGCCGGAGCACUGCACGGGCUCCUCUCCCUACUGUCCGCCCAACGUCUUCCUGCAGAACGGGGAGCCCUGUGAAAGCGGCUCCUCCUACUGCUACGGCGGGGUGUGUGCCAGCCUGGACACACAGUGCCAGAUGCUGUGGGGACCCAACGCGACCCGUGCUCCUCCUCUCUGCUUCUCCUCUGUCAACAAACAAGGCAAUAAGUAUGGCAACUGUGGCCAAAUGCCCAAUGGCAGUUACAUCCCAUGUUCCAAUGCGGAUGUGUUCUGUGGAAGGAUCCAGUGUCAGGGUGGGAAUGAUCGCCCUCUGCUGGGCUCUAAUGCAGAGAUCCUAACCACCAAAGUCCGUCUCAACCACAGUGAUUUCACCUGCCGCGGGACCUACUUUCACCUGGGGGAUGAUGUCUCAGAUCCAGCCAUGGUUUCCCAGGGCACCUCCUGUGGGCCUGGCAAGGCUUGUUUAGGCCAGCGGUGUCAGGACGUGUCUGUGUUUGGAGUUGAGGAGUGCCACAGGAAAUGCAAUGGUCAUGGGGUUUGCAACAGCAAUAAUAAUUGCCAUUGUAAAGAGGGCUGGGCUCCUCCAGAUUGUAAAUACGCCGGUUUCGGAGGCAGUGUGGACAGCGGGCCUGCAAGAGAGCCUAAAGACUCUAAUCCUGCCCGUGUAGCCCUGCUGGUCAUCUUCCUGUUUGUGUUGCCGGUGAUGGUGCUGUUUGUGGUACUACGAUACCCCCGCUGCAGACGUAGAAUCCCUUUUUUCCGCUCAAGUCCUUUCAACAAAGGCCGUCACCAGAGCCGGACCCCAGCCACAGAACGUUCCAGUUCUCGUAAUGGAGAGCAAGUCCUCCCUUUAAGAUACCACUGGGCCCCCCAGAAUGACAUUCCGCUCACCCAGUCCGUCAAUAAGGUUCAGGACAGGCCUGCUCCUCCUAACAAACCUUUGCCGCCCGACCCUACCACUAAACCUGCCCAGUCAGCAGAAGAACGGCCCGACCCUCCGAACAAGCCCCUCCCCCCUGACCCCGUUCCCCCAGAGAGCAAGACGCAGUCAAAGCUGACAGUGACACGACCAGCACCUCCUAGCAAGCCUCUUCCACCAGACCCUGUGCUUUCACACAGCCAGAAUCUUCAGAACCCUGUGCGUCCAAAACCUCCUGUUCCCAAGAAACCUUUGCCUGUUGCCCCAUCAUCCUACCAACCAUCACCUUCUGCAGUUCCCUCUGCUGCCUCAGCCACACACCACGCAGCGGCAAAUACACCUUCAACCUCCACCUUUGGGCCAACUGUCACUAUUACUCCAGCUAGAAGUGCCCCGUUGCCUCCAAUACGGACAUCUCAGCCACAGAAAUCCCAUUCACCUUCCCCAGUUUAACUGGGAGUGACCUUUAGCCUGCCAUGGAUGUCAUGUGAAGCUGGUGACACAGCAGUAAUUGCACUGAUGCUGUGGGAGGGCGUUGUGAAAGUAAUGCCUUUUGGACUGCACGUCUGAGUCUGUGCCCCGCAGCCUAGCGCUGCAUUCACAUAGGCUUCUCUCUCUGUGAUGUUGGCCUUGCCUUGGUUGGACCAGACUAGAUACUAUUGAGAACUGAGAAAAAAACUGAGCUGGAAUGAGAUUCUGUGGACCCAUGAUCACUGUUCAGACCAGGGAACACUGCAUUACCAAGGUGCUGAAGACAUCAAUGGGAGAUCAUAUGAUUUUGGAGAAGAAAUCAAUCACCAUGAAGCUGAGGUAUGGAUGGAAAAUAUUCAUUCAGAUGUUACCUUGGUGGAGAACAAACUGAUGAAGAUCAAUACGUAGUGUUUUGGUCUUGAUGGGCUAUCGGACGUUUUUGGAAGGGCUUGGACUGUUUUGCCGGCAAGUUCGUGCAUCCAGGUCACCAUCACUAAUAAGGAUUCUUGCACUUCUGCUCCGCUGUCAUGCUAAAGUAACUUCUCCAGUGGAGACUGCACUGAAAGUGCUGUCUUAUACCUUAACAUGUCCAUAGCCUUUAUACAUUCAGUCACACAUGGCCUCAGCGGAAUUG